AUGCAAGAACAUGAGAUUGAAGAGCGCAACACGUACAAUAUGAAUGAGAAGGGCUUCUUUGUCGGCAUCGCCUACCGCAGGAAGAGGAUCUUCUCCAAAGCAGUUUAUGAGUCGGGGGAGCUUUUGUCCUACACGUAG